AUGAACGGCGAUCCCGACGGCGAUGACGAGCUCCGCAAGAAGAGCCGUCUCGCGGCGCGUGCUGCCCGAUUCAACAAUGUCCUUCCCGGCAACCGAUACAAGGAGCUCGAGGAGGCGCGAAUCAAGGAGCGCAAGGCGUUCAUUGAGCAGGGCCUGAUUACGUCUGGAAAGACCGACCUCGAUGCUGCUAUCGACCUCCGCGGCACUUGCGAGCGGAUGUGCUCGGAGUACGAGACCGAGUUCCGCGAGUACACGAAGGAGAUUCAUCCCUUCGAAGCUGCCGUCGCAGCUUACUCGCGAUCAGAUGCUGGAGCUGGACACGGUGAAGCUGCGAUCCUUCCCUCCGACCUGCGAACUCCUGCUGCCCUUGUUCCUCCGGCCAAUCCGAACGCCGUAAACCCCCCACCGCCAACAGCCCGACGAGCCCUUGGAUACACGGCGGGCUUCAUUCGAGACCGAACUCGUGCGAUUCGUAAAGAGUUUGCCAUUCAGUCGUCCUGGGGUCACGAAGAAGCCAUUGCAUGCUUCGAGCGCAUUGCCCGCUGGCACAUUCUGUGUUUGCGUGAGCUCCAGGAGGAGACUGGCUCGAACGUUGACAUGCACAUCGACAAUGCCGAACUCGGUCGUGCAUUCACCUCGCUCCGUCAGCAUUACAACGACCGACGAGAAGAAACGGGUCUCGACAUGCCCUGCCCGAACGAGCCCGAGUUCCGGGCUUACAUGCUGAUCUUCGACCUCGCGAACAAGUCGGUAUCGAUUCCCACUGCCGAGCUCCCAGCUGUGAUCCUAGACCACCCGAUCGUCCAGCUCGCUUGGCAGAUUCGGCAGGCAGCUCAGCGCAACUUUGACUCGCAGAAGGAAGGUUCCAAGCUGAACUCGGAGUACGGUGCCAACUUGAUCACCCGCUUCAUCCGCCUACUGAAGCAACCGAACGUGCCGUUCCUCUUAUCCUGUCUGGUCGAGGUCCGGCUGCGGGAGAUGCGUCGAAGCGCUAUCCGCGCGCUGACCCGCACGUACCCGCAACUGAAGGGCGACCCGAUCCGACGCAAUGAGCAAGGCGAGAUUGUCGAACGCAAGAUGAUUCUUAUGGACAUGAUGGACUCCCUAAUCGGAGCAGAGGAGCAAGAGGACAAGGACACGGCGUGGGACGACAUCAUCCCAGUUUCAAAGAAUCCGGACGACGAAUCGGCAGCGGUCGUUGAGCGUUUCAACAUUGAGGUGUACAGGGACGGUGCUCAGCCCGUCGGUGCCCUCAUUAACCGCGCGACCCGCUACAAUGACAACAAGGAUGCGCCGUUUACUCGCCGAUGGAAGUUGAUCACGGACAAGCAGGGCUCCGCGUCGUACGCGGAUGUUGUGAAUGGUGCCGGUGGUGUAUCUGUGGACGGCAAGCCCGCAGCCCGGAUGGUGCCUUCUUCAGCGCCCUCUUCGCUCCGCGUGACUGCUCCUGUCUACCAGCCAAAGAAGAUGCACUCUUCUACCCCUGCAGCGCCAUCAAUCCCAUCCGCUCCCUCCUCAUCUAACGCCUUCCCGUCUUCAACCGGAGCCAAAUCUGCCUUCGGUAGCGGACAGGGCAGUGCGUUCUCGUCCGGAAGCGCAUUCGGCCCCAGCAGUGCCUUCGCUUCCGGCAGUGCGUUCCAGAAGGCGCCAGCCCCAGCGGCGAACGGCUCAGUCUUCGGUCCCAAGGCCACGAACGGAUUCGCAACCGCCACACCCACCCCAGCCCCCGAACCAGCUCCAGUCUCAAAACCACCGCCGCCGAAGGAGCCGCCGUCUACUGGCGGUCUCGCUGUGCCCUCGUUCUUCCAGAAGCCAGACACCGCCCCGCCGAAGCCGCCCGUUCCAUCGUUCAACUUCGGAACCCCCUCCACGCCAUCUGAACCGUCAAAGGCGAAAGAACCGGCACCGGCAAAGAUUCCCUCAUUCUUCGACAAGCCUGCUCCCCCAACUACCACACCUACGCCGCCUGUCUCUUCUACCCCAGUGCCUAGCUUCUUCAAGAGCUCUGCGCCGGCCACAGUUCCGGUAACACCGAUAAAACCACUCUCACCUCCAAAAGCUGUUACGCCCCUUGGUCGACGGAGGGCAGAGCCCGAGGUUGACCGGAUAAAGGCUUCUCGACAGCUUUUCCGAGGCGCUUCCUCCAUUCUGGCCGAUGAGCUCAUCACUUCCGUGGUCUCCGCUCUUGUUGACAAGGCGAAACCGAGUCUGGAGAAGAUUGUAAAGGUCCAGGAAUCUGCAAAGGCGUACCAGGACGCCAAGGUUGCUCGGCGCGCCGUGAUUGAGCGCUAUGCGGACCUUACUCUCGAGCGAAUGUUGCUCGAACGCGUUGAGGAGGUCUCGUACAGCGUGUACCACUCCGAGCAACGUGUUCGACAUCUGACCCGUGAAAUCGCUGAGCACUGGCGGAGCUGGACGGCUCGUAUGCAGACUCUGCGCGAGAAGGCGGAGCGCGAGCGCCUGGAGACUGUCAAGAGACUCCGAGGAAUGGGUCUCGCACGCUCUAUUGCUUCGUAUCAAAUCAACACUGCCACGUCCUCCUCCUGGUCAGUCGCCGAUAUCGAGACUGUGCCGCAGGACCAGUUCGACAUGGGCAUGGAGUUGUACGAGGCGGAGAAAACAAAGGAUCAGCUUUUCGCCAGUCACAGCUUCAUGAACUCGAUUGCCAAGGCCGUCACUCGCCAUUUGCGCCCCACCAACGACGACGCUCCGAUCUGGGAGACGGUGCUUCUUUCAGCCGAGCACGCCGGUACGCCAGCAGCACCGCAGGCCCGCGACUGGCUGGAGAGCAAGUUCGUCCCGCCCACGGAGGUGUAUCACCGCAACGGCAUCGACUUCACUUUCAACGUCGCAGACGUACACGGAGAGCUGCCUGGUUCUUCCAACACCGGGCUGUACGUGUUUGAAGCGCCGCUCGACACGAUCAACUCGAUCCAGCGGUCCAUGAACCAGGACGAUGCCGGCGAUCGUCUAGAUGCGGCGGCAGGCGCUGUGCAGCAGCGCGGCCGUUAUCGGACAGCUCUCCUCAUUCUAACUUGGGAGUAUGAGACUCUCGACGACGUGAUUGGCAGACUGGGCAUCCAGCAGAACAUUGAGCAGUUCGACAGCGUCGCUGCCGUCAGUUUGGAGGAUGCCGAGGAGCUCGACGACCGCUUCGCCGAGGCCGUCCGUGGCCUUAUUCUUGAAGACCCUCGGAAGAUGCAGGUCGCGAUCCCGAUGGAAGGUAAGCUAGUAGAUUCUGCCGCAAGCUGA